AGUUAUUGACGGCUAAUAAAGUGCUGACACUGUCAACGCGGCGGUAGUGUACGUUUAUCACACAUUUUUUCGAACACAUAAUUUAAUUAGAAUACUACACCGCGAUCAAUUAUAUGUACAUAUGUAUAUAAUAAGAAGCCAAUAUAAAUUAGUCACAGUUCAUGCUCGUUCACGCGAGCGCCUAGUUCAUCUUGCAGAAGAGCUGUAAACGAAAAAGAUACAGCAGUUUAUCACGAGCCGUUGGUGAGCGUCGUAGGCUAUGAGAGCAAGCUGCAAACGGGGAUUUCCAAAAAAUUAAUAAUUAUCGAAAUUAAAUUUAAAAAAAGUAUGAAAAAAUAAUAAAACAAAAUUUGUGAAUAAUAAACGACGAAUUGUGUAACGUGCAUCUCUACUGAAAAAAUUGUUAUUUAGUUAGGCACAUGUGUACGUACAUAUGACGUACAUAUACACACCGGUGUGUGUCAGCUGUCGGUCGGUUCUUUACAUUCCUACAUUCCCGUGUUUGCUAUCUAAUUAAACAGAUGUGCUUUACAAGAUCGCACAGUGCUUGCAAAUCACAUAUUUACAUACUUAUUAUAUAGUACAUAUGUAUGUAUGUACAUCUGUGCAUUCAUAUAAUUAGACUCAGCCAAAAACGCUCACCUAUCGUUAGCCAGGGAAAUUUUGCCAUUCGAUUUGAGGGCGCAUUCCGCUUCGGUACUUGCUCGCGAUUUGUUGUUGUUGUUAACACUUUAAAAAAUCCAUCAUACAUACAUAUACGACAACAUAAGUUACGGUUCGUGCGUCUUGUUCGCGUGCACGCGUGUCUUCUUGCUAGUGCACACAGUUAAAGAACCAAAAAAAAAAAAAAAAAAUUAAUUAAAAAUUAAUUUUUGCAAUAAAAUUCGGUUGUAUAAUUACAUAAAGUAUAAGAAAAAAUGCAAAUGAAGCAGAGUUUCGGUCGGAGUUUUCUGAACGAAUUUAAACUGAGAAAAUUCGGCUUCAAACAUAAGCAUUUGGAUCAGUUCUAUCAAUCGCAGUGGCAAAGUGGUGCGCGUAGUUUUUAUUACCUUCUGUUUCGAUGGACAUGGGCGUUCUUUUUUAUUUCUGUGUUCAUAGCCUCUUUGGUUUUGCAAUUAUCAGGUGGCAAAUUCUUCAUCUUCUUGACGAACUGGGGCAUAAUUGUGUGCCUGCUGGCACAGCUAAGUGGUGCCAUACUCGCGACACGAUGGUACUACAAUUUGGGCAACGCACGUAGUGCUGUGAUGGAGGGUAAAAUAUUGAAAGAGCCCCCGACCACUCCAAGACUGAUCAAAUUCUAUUGGUUGGUGCAUGGUGCGUCUUUAGCGCUGGCGCUGGUCAUCACCACGGUUUAUUGGAUAUUUUUACAUGGGAAAAUGGACAAACCCAUGCUCUACCCCGUGAUGAGCUUCAUAACUCACUGCCUCAAUUCAGUAUUCAUGUUGGUGGACUUUUGGUUGGUGGCAUUUCCGGUGCGUCUGCUGCAUAUCAUCUAUUGGAUGCUGCUACCCAUAUUCUUCUACAUAUUCACUGUGAUUUACUACUUGGCGGGCGGCACGGAUGAAUAUGGCCACCACUACGUUUAUCCAAUUUUGGACUGGACCAAUCCCAUGCGAGCCGUAACCACCUUUGCUGGCGUUUUCAUCUUGUAUAUUAUCUAUGGCAUUGCUUUGUUUCUGCUUAGUAAAUUUAAGAGAUAUCUGUCACGUACUGUGAGCGCCAUGGAUAGCCCACAUGCCAUCGGAUUAAUCUAAACUCUCGCAGCAAUGGACUUUUUUGAUUAGCAAAAAUAUUUUAAGCAUUGUAAGACAUUUUAGUAUUUGAAUUUUUUAACACACACAUUCAUGCGCUCUGGCAGAUAUACAUAAAUACAUAUACGUACGUACAUAAUUAUGUUGGACAUGGAUUAUGUAAAUGCAGAGCAUUCACAUACAU